GCGAACGACCAGCGUGCAGUGUUUUCGUUGCCACGGACCGAGUGCUUGCUCUGUAUACUGUGCGCGCGUGCCACGCAGGCCGGAAAGAUCACGAUUGGAAUGAAUUUAUUCGUGUCUUACCUGGACAGAGAGAUGCAAAUACGAUGUUCCGUCUGGACGUCCUUCAGGAUCAUCCUGCAAUAACGUGGCUAUGGUGGAAUGAAAGGAAAAGAAUGCAGCACGGCAGAGGAGGCUAGAUGAGCAGCAAUUUUCAGAGAGGUGCAUGUGCAGAUCACCCAGCAAUUGUACACGAAGCACGAAGUCGUACAUCUCUGAGAGGAAACCUAAGUGGAAAGCACGUGUGUGGAAGAAUUCGCGGUCCAUACCUGGCCCGCCAUUUUGGCGGCAUGGUCCUUUGGGCCACUAUACUAUUCCUACAAGGAGCUGGUUUUGUAGGCUCAGUGACAGGGAUUCCUGGUGUUCCGGAAAAUAUAACGGUGAUGUUCCUGAAUCCGACGUCUGUCCGCGUUUCUUGGAGCACCAGCCAGGUCGAUCAAGUUGAGAAGUACGACGUCACGUACAAGCCAACUGAUGCCAGUUACAGGGUGGUGGCGGUGGUCGCAGGAAAUAGCGAAGCUGUUACGUUGAGCGGCCUCAGGGCUGAUACGCAAUACCAACUUGUCGUCACUGCCGUGAGAGCCGGCAAAAAAUUUCGAAGUCGACCAAUCGUCUUCCGAACACUUGAACCACCACGAACAUCCCCUCAACAGGAUGCAGCGGUAACAGGCGGUCCUCUUCCACCUCCUCCACCUUCUUCACAACAACCACAACCUUAUCUGCAAGUUCGUGGCGUAGAGGUUGGCAUAGUGGUGUUGGUGCUGAUCUUCUGGGCAGGCGCAAUAGCACUUUUCUUCAAUCGUUGGGGAAAGAUCCGCAUGUUGCUACCAUACCAGCCCGAUUACAAGGAGCAAUUGAAAGUUCCUGGGACUGGAGUAUGCGCAGCGGCAAACGCUGCAUACACGCAACAUCCUACUCAGCAUACUUGCUCUCAGCAUCUGCACUGGUCGAGCCAUCACGUGGACUCCUUGGAUAGCGGAGGUGGUUUGGGAUGGCCAAGAACCUCGAGGCCGCGGGUGAAUAGCGCCAUCGACGUGGCCGGCUUCCUAUCCCAGGAAUUUCUAAGACGACAUGGUUCAACGUCGAAGUUGUGCCGGAAGGUUCGCAGUGCAGAUAACUUGCCACUCGCAUCGACGAUUCGACAACAGGAGCAACGAAAUUCGAAAGAGGAUGGCAUAGAUGGCGAUAAAGAGAUCUUCCUGAAAUCAACCCAGGAAGAGAAAGGCGAGGACUCGGAGUCAAAGAGACAAAGCAGCCUCGAGAGUUGUCCAAAGGAUAAUCCAGAUGUCUCACUACUCGAUCCAAAUCAGCAACAACCGUCUUCGAGAGAUUCUCCAGUGACGUCUUCAUCGUCGUUCGUUGGGCGGCGCUUCGGGGGAUGGCGAGCCGGCGGAAGCCAUGAAUAUGUUCGGUGUCCUGUACGACAACCUGCUUCCAUGGAUGAGCGGUGUUAUCGGCGAUCUUGCGAUACCGACGCUCGCCUACCCCGUUACCAUCAUUAUCAUCGGCGUGCCGGGAUCGAACGGCAUUCGAAGAGCUGCGACUAUGCGAGACGUACGCCCGAAUCAAGCAUCGAGGUCCAACAUUUUGGUCUACCCAUACUUAGUGUCAGCGAGCCCAGUCCGCCAGACGAGAACGACCGCGUGGACGAUUAUUUGUAGGAUUUGCUUGCCGAGGACUUCCAAAAGGAGCUCCUCGUAUGAUCUCAUGUACUCAUCCCAUUGCUUCGUGUGAUUUGAAAACUCGAAUCCGUGCAUCAGUCAGAAGGUAACCUCGAAGCAGAAAAACUCUCGAUCGCACAGCGACAAAACGAGGAACGACAUUCUCGAUUGUACUCAAUUGUACUCGAUACUAAUCCCUCGAAACGAAAUUCUUUACCAUGUUUCAUUACGACAAGUUCAAAUCGAAAUCUUCGGAAUCAACGAUGCACCGCGAUCACGUGGUUUCAAAUACGAAGCACGAGGCAAGGUUCACACGGUAAAUUUAAAUUCUCGAAGCGAGACUCUGGAACAAUUUUUGAUUAUACAAUGAGACGAAGGAGAGACAAAGGAAUGGUGAAGGAAAAUUUUCCACGGCGAUGCUCUACGUAUCCAUGAACUGGUUGUUGAGACACUACAUGGAAACCCGAGAUGAAGUUUUCGAUUGUGUGAUGGUAAACUCGAAACGAAAUAUUCCGUCACAGGUGUGUUUCAUCGAUUGCCACCGAUAACAUUCAAAUUUUGCAGUUUUACAUGCAAACUUUUGGCGAAAUAAUCCACUUGCAAAUGUCAUCGAUCGUUGUCCGUGAUACCGGACUAUACGACUUUAUAGUUCGAGCGAUACUGAGGUUGAAAAAUUAUUAUAUCUACCGAUGGUUCCGAAUAGUACCGCAUUGACACGCUAGAUGUCACUGACACUCAGAACCGACUGCAGUUCAUAGCAGUAGGUAUUUUAACGCGUAGCAGUGAAAGGGAAAAAUAUUGGUAACGUUUAAUUUCAACUUAAUUCAUUAACUAUAUCAGUUUACUAAUAUUAAACUGUCUUUCAUAUUUUAGAUAUUUGGAAGAAUUUGAACUUUUCAUAAACCAUUGUCGGCGAUAUCCAACACGAAAGUACUUAUUCUAAAUUGACGUUGUACGAUUUGAUUGCACUCAA